AAUGUGGUGACGCUGGUCCUCCCUCCCACCGACAAGACCAAGCGCUGGGCGGCGACCAUGAACCCGGCCUCGUUCUUUUACGUCCAAGUGCCCAGCGUCUCGCGUUUCGAGUGGCAUCCGUUCUCGGCCAUCGUGACGCCGGACGGCAACUCGAUCGGCUUUUGCCUCAAGGUCAGGACCAAACACCGCUUCGUCGACGACGUGUACGAGUAUGCGCGCACGCAGCAAGCGAUGACGCUGCCGAUCGCAGUUGGUGGGCCGUACGGCAAGCUGUCGCUGGACCUCGGUCGCUACGACGUCGUCCUUAUGGUUUCUGGCGGCAUUGGCGUGACCCCGAUGCUAAGUCUCGUCAACCAGUUUCGACACGUCGAGCGCAAAGUCGGGAGCAAGCUGCAUUUGUUUUGGAGUGUGCGCGAGGCGAGUGAGCUCUUGUGCGCCGAUCGCCUCAUGUUUCCGUUGCCCGAGUCGCUGCACCACCGCUUUCACGUGACCGAGGCCAGUGACGAAGGUCACGUCAUGAGCGAGUCGUCGGGCCCGGUCAUGUACUACCCUGGACGCAUGGUGCUUGAUGAGAUUGUCAACAAUGUCGCGUACGUUGGCAAAGCGGUGUGCGUCCUUGCGUGCGGGCCGCCGGGUCUUGUCGUUGACACGCAGCGCCACGCGCGCCAGUGCGGCUUUGACUUUCACAAGGAAGAGUUUUUGUUUUAA